AUGGUAGGAGAGUUACAAAACAGGCGCGCGGAUCUCACUGUGUCCGAGCUCUCCGUCACCAAAGAGCGCAAUGACGUCAUCACUUACACGCAGCCUAUUUAUAUCGUGAGUCGAAAGCUCUUCGUCGCGACCCAGGAGGACUUCCAGAAGAAGCUCCUGGCCUACACGUCCCCCAUGGAAAUGGUGCUGUACUGGGCUAUCCUCGUCACCAUGAUGGGGCUGGCGGUCUUCCUCGUCUUCGUCGAGAGGUUGAGGAAGUACUUGCUUCCCCACGAGGAGCUGGGGGGGUUGGGCAGCCUGGGCACGGCGACGUGGUGCAUGGUGUCGGCGCUGCUGCAGCAGGGCUGCGACACGUGCCCAACCAGCAUGACCGCUCGCAUGGUGUUCUGGCUCGGUUUCUUCGUCUCGGUUAUCGUCUACACUUCUAUUCCGCCACUUUGGUAUCCCAUUUGGCCGUGGAGAAGCCGGCGACGCUGCCCUUUUCCAAUUUAUUUGAGCUCUCCCUCCAAACCGGCUGGGACGCGGGAUGCAACGAAAACGAUCUCUUUCAAGUGACGGCGACGCAAACCUGCGCCGAUUCCGUGGCCGACGAAUGCCUCGUCCUGAACGCGUGUGGAACCAGGUGGUGAUGCGCCGCCCGGGGAACCUCGUGUCUUCUUACCGGGAGGG